UCCUAUGUGGGUGAUGGAUGCAGAAGUGUAAUACUCUGAGGUUAAGAUUAAAAUGUGCAACUCAGAGAUAACUGACCCAUUUUGUGGGUGCUAGAAUCUUUGCAGGAACAGAAAGAUGUGGAGUCUUCAAGACCUGCUGUUCAUCCUCUGCAUUCCUCUGAGCGGUGUGACCGGUGCAGCUGAUGUGAUCCAUGUGUCUGGAUAUGAGGGGAGAGAAGUUUAUGUUUCCUGUCCCUAUGAUCAGGGAUAUAAGUCUAAUACGAAGUACCUGUGCAGGAAUGAGUGUGACAAUGAUGAUGAAAUUGUGAUUAAGACUACAGAGGUGAAGAAGGGCAGAUACUCCAUCCAUGAUGACAAAAAUAAACGCAUCUUCACUGUGACCAUCUCUGAUCUUGAUCAGACGGAUGCUGGAAAAUACUUGUGCAUGGUGGAUAGAUUCGGCCGGGAUCCCUCGACUGCUGAAGUACAACUGGAUAUAGCAGAGUGGUGCUGUGUGAAAUUAAGCGAACUGAGCGGCAUUGUGGGACGUUCAGUAACUAUGCAGUGUCCCUAUCCACCACAACACAAGAAUAACAGGAAGUUCCUCUGUAAGGGAGACCGUCACAUCAGCUGUACAGACAUGGUGACGAGUCAAAGCAGGUUCACGCUGCAAGAUGACGUCUCUUCCAGCUCUUUCUUGGUGAUGAUCACAGAGCUGAAAGCAGGUGAUGCUGGGACAUACUGGUGUGGUUCAGACUCACAGUGGACUGCUGCUAACUACACCAAGAUUCAUCUGUCAGUAGAUGUUCACAUGCUGGUCUACAUUCUGCCUGCCACCCUGCUGGCUGUACUGGGGGUACUGACAGUGGCAUUGGUCAUGCUCUAUAAAUAUAAAUGUUACAAAGUGCAAGGAACUGAAGUCAGCAUGAACAGUAACACAACAACCCCUGCUGAAGAAGUAGAAGUGCAGUAUGUCGACCAUAUUUAUGAUAAUCACGUCCUUGAUAAAACGGGUGGAGACGACAUGUAAAAAGACAUCACUGCAGAAGAUGUUUAUCAAAGGAAUCAAAUACAACACAGCCAAAACUAAUUAAGCAGUGCUCACGACUGUGGCCACACUUUGUAUUUUUGGGUCACACACCCUUUAAUAACUGCCUGCAAUAUAUCCUGUGUGUAAUCAUGUACAACUGUGGCCAUUUUAUGACUAUUUGUUCUAUGAUUAUAAGAUUGUCGAUGUAUGUGUGUAAACUCAAACACAUUCAUUGCUGUUCUCCAUUUCUUUUUUUUACCUUUAUACAAUUAUUGAUUGCUUCUAGUUUUGGUUUAACAAUUGAUGUAACAUACUCUUUGUUAGAUGCUCUGGAUAAUUUUCACACCUAUAGCAAAAGUGUGUACUGCAUUUGUUGUACAGACUUCGCCAUGU